CAUGGCAGCUCUGUUCAUGCCUCGGACUCGUUCGCGGUUUUAUGAAUUACUUUUAUUUUCGUUAUUUUUAAAAUUAAAAUGCCUGUGGCCAUUGGUUUCGAAGGCAGCGCUAAUAAAUUGGGUAUUGGAGUAGUAAAAGACGGAAAAGUUCUUUCGAAUCCAAGAUGCACUUACAUCACUCCUCCCGGAGAAGGUUUUCUUCCAAGGGAUACAGCCAAACAUCAUCAAAAGAAUAUUUUAGAUUUGUUAGAUAAAGCUUUAAAAGAAGCUUCAAUUAAACCUUGUGAUGUUGAUGUUGUUUGCUAUACUAAAGGUAUAGAAGUUUUGUUUAAGUAUUUUGAUAUUGAGAUGGGACGUUUAAUAACAGGUGCUGUUAACCCAAUAGUUUUAUAUGUUAGUGGUGGAAAUACUCAGGUAAUUUCGUAUAGUCAUAAAAGAUAUCGUAUUUUUGGUGAAACUAUUGACAUAGCAAUUGGAAAUUGUUUGGAUCGAUUUGCAAGAAUAUUGAAGCUUUCUAAUGAUCCAAGUCCAGGAUAUAAUAUUGAACAAUUAGCAAAGAAAGGUAAGAAGUUCCUCAUGCUUCCUUAUGUGGUGAAGGGAAUGGAUGUAUCAUUUUCUGGAUUAUUAUCUUUCAUUGAAGAGAAAGCUCAUAAUUUGAUAAAAAGUGGUGAAUAUACAGUAGAAGAUCUGUGUUUUUCUCUUCAAGAAACAGUGUUUGCAAUGUUGGUGGAAAUCACUGAGCGGGCUAUGGCUCAUUGUGCAUCUGAAGAAGUUUUAAUUGUUGGAGGUGUAGGAUGCAAUGAACGUUUACAAGAAAUGAUGAGAAUCAUGGCAUAUGAAAGACAAGCAAAAUUAUAUGCUACAGAUGAAAGAUAUUGCAUUGAUAAUGGGGCUAUGAUUGCACAAGCUGGAUGGGAAAUGUUUUGUUCAGGAUAUACAACUCCUUUGGAAGAGACCACUUGUACACAAAGAUUUCGUACAGAUGAAGUUGAAGUUUGCUGGAGAGACUAAUAAAUCAUGUAAAAAUGUUUAAAAUUUUUAUUGUUUAAUAGGAAUGUUAUAUUCUUUCAACAGUUUUCUCAGAAACAGACUAUGCAUUAAUAU